GGUAUGUGGAUUAAAAAAGGAAAAACAAAAAGAGAGGAUAGAUUUUUGGAAGCACGCCAUUAAUGGGAAAAAGAAAAGACAAGUUCAACCGACCCUCGUUCGCCAUUUGCUGCCCCGUUCUUGAUCCGAGCAACAAUCCUCGUCCCGCCGCUGACCAGUGCAUUUUGACAAGUAUCCAGUUGGUUGAGCAUGCUCAAGACUUUGCCUGUUGGUAUGCUAUCGAUCAUCUUUGAGUAGAUAUCGGACAUGCUUUGUGAAGUGGAAUUGGUCAAGUAUGUCUGCCCUGGUGAGCCAGACAGUAAUGGAUUGAUUUCUCGAAGGUCAAUAAUAACAUGCCUCUUGAAGUACUUAUUACGGGAAAAGGCGAGCAAGGAUCAUGGCUACUUUCUGGCCAUAACAUCCAUUAAAAGCAUCAGUUCAAAAGUAGUCAAGGAGUUCCGGUAUCCGUGGUUCCGUGUGAUAUUCAAAUGCCGCACUUUCAUGCCUUUCCGGGGAGAAAUCAUGCAGGGGGUUGUGGACCGCGUAACCGGGAUGGGUUUGUUCCUCAGAAGCGGACUUAUAAAAUGUGUGUAUCUAUCAGCUAUUAAAAUGCCGGGUUACAGCUUCAUUCCUGGAGAAAACCCUUCGUUUCUCCAUGACAAGCUCGGUAAAAUAGAAGCCGGCAUUGUGGUUCGUUUUGCGGUGCUCAGCGUUAGAUGGAUAGGGAGAAGGUGGGAUGCAAGGAAUGAGUUUGCCAUCCUCGCUAGUAUAGAUGGAGAGUCUCUAGGGCCUCUUCCGCUGGUUCGACCUGAUGACGUCGAAUUGUAAAUAGUUUUAGAAAUAGGAUUGCUUUCGCGUGAUCUCUAUUGAGAUCUCGGAAUCGGAAAAAGUCGAAUGGUGAUUCCUGUGCUUUCUUUAAGCUUCUGAGAUCUGACCUUUUUAGUGGGAUUGUAGUGUUUGAGGCUUGUCAUGGCAUGUCUUCAGGUCAGGGAUGAUAACGGAUACAUGCUUUAACAAUCUCACCCAGCUUUGCUUAAUGCGGGCAUUGGGUGUUUAAUUGUACUGGCGUUUAAGAA